CAAGAGGGGGCUCCGGGGUCGGACGGUCGGCUCUCCCUGCGCUCUCCGCACCGCGGUGUAAAGGAUGUAUUUUGUGAUCGCAGCGAUGAAAGCUCAAAUUGAAAUUAUUCCAUGCAAGAUCUGUGGAGACAAAUCGUCAGGAAUCCAUUAUGGUGUCAUUACGUGUGAAGGCUGCAAGGGCUUUUUCAGGAGAAGUCAGCAAAGCAAUGCCACCUAUUCCUGUCCUCGUCAGAAGAACUGUUUGAUCGAUCGGACCAGCAGAAACCGCUGCCAGCACUGUCGGCUGCAGAAAUGCCUGGCCGUGGGGAUGUCUCGAGAUGCUGUCAAGUUUGGCCGGAUGUCCAAGAAGCAAAGAGACAGCUUGUAUGCCGAGGUGCAGAAGCACCGGAUGCAGCAGCAGCAGCGAGACCACCAGCAGCAGCCUGGGGAGGCUGAGCCACUGACGCCCACCUACAACAUCUCAGCCAAUGGGCUGACGGAACUGCAUGAUGACCUCAGCACCUACAUGGAUGGGCACACCCCCGAGGGCAGCAAGGCCGACUCAGCAGUCAGCAGCUUCUACCUGGACAUCCAGCCCUCCCCAGACCAGUCGGGAUUGGACAUCAAUGGGAUCAAACCCGAACCCAUAUGUGACUACACACCAGCAUCUGGCUUCUUCCCCUACUGUUCCUUCACCAACGGAGAAACUUCCCCAACCGUGUCCAUGGCAGAACUAGAACACCUUGCACAGAACAUAUCCAAAUCCCACCUGGAAACCUGCCAAUACUUGCGGGAAGAACUCCAGCAGAUAACGUGGCAGACCUUCCUGCAGGAGGAGAUUGAGAACUACCAGAACAAGCAGAGAGAGGUGAUGUGGCAGCUGUGUGCCAUCAAGAUUACAGAAGCUAUCCAGUAUGUGGUGGAGUUCGCCAAACGCAUUGACGGAUUUAUGGAACUGUGUCAAAAUGAUCAAAUUGUGCUUCUAAAAGCAGGCUCUCUAGAAGUGGUAUUUAUUAGGAUGUGCCGUGCCUUUGACUCUCAGAACAACACCGUGUACUUUGAUGGGAAGUAUGCUAGCCCUGAUGUCUUCAAAUCCUUAGGUUGUGAAGACUUCAUUAGCUUUGUGUUUGAAUUUGGGAAGAGUUUGUGUUCUAUGCACCUGACAGAAGACGAAAUUGCAUUAUUUUCUGCAUUUGUACUGAUGUCAGCGGAUCGCUCAUGGCUUCAGGAAAAGGUAAAAAUAGAAAAACUGCAACAGAAAAUUCAGCUAGCCCUUCAGCAUGUCCUACAGAAGAACCACCGAGAAGAUGGAAUUCUAACAAAGCUAAUAUGCAAGGUGUCUACGUUAAGAGCCCUAUGUGGACGACAUACAGAAAAGCUAAUGGCAUUUAAAGCAAUAUACCCAGACAUUGUGCGACUCCAUUUUCCUCCAUUAUACAAGGAAUUGUUCACUUCAGAAUUUGAGCCAGCAAUGCAAAUCGAUGGGUAAAUGUAGCACCUGAGCACCUCUAGAACAUCUGGAGUACAAACAUGAAAGUAAGAAAGAAAAUAAAAAAGGAAAUAAAACAAUAACAACGAAGACACAUUUAACUGAGACACUUUCUAUGGCCCUGCACAACCCUGGAGUGCCAACACACUGCACAGACAUCUUGUGGUGAUCGGGGUUCAGGCACAAAGGGGAAACAAUCAAAUCCAAUAAAAGCUGAACUUGUUUUGCUCAUGCAUAUGAUUUCCACUAUGCCUACAGAUAUGGACCCUUUUUCUGUCUCAGCUUCUAGAGCGGUUGACCUCGGCAUAUAAACAGGAAGAGGGUACUACAGUCGGAGGAGUCCCUUUUCUCAUAGCUCACUGCCCACAGACUCUUACGGGUAACAACAGAGUCCAGCGUUAAUCGGUGACCCCGGUGUGUAUGGCGGGAGUUGCGGCGUUACUUUGCACAGCUUGCUUUUCUGUGUCCAUGAAGGAAGAUUUUGUUUCUCUCACCGAUUAUUGCCGGUCAGCAGGAUGGCGUGAAAAGGGGAUCCAUAGCGCUCGCAACAAUAGCAUUAUAAUAUAUUACACAGGGUAAAUGGGCAUGAAGACUAUAUAUAGCUAAAGAGAUAUUGUUUAUAUAUUGUUUUAAUUAAUAUAAAAUGUAGUGACUGGCAUAGCUUUUCCUGUUGAAUUGAUAAGGCACUUUCCGUUUUGCACCUUUUUGUUUCCUUUAAAUUAAAUGCUAGCGUGUUCACUGUCGCCGUGUCGCAUGUACACCAGAAACACAAGUUUAGCUGAGAAGGCUUGGAAGGUAUGCCGGGAGGUAUUUAUGCUGCUGUUUACAAAACAAAAAACAAAAAAAAACCAACUACUUUUAAAAGACUGGCUGGUCAUAUCCAGAAAUCAACAUGUUGAAUUUUUUUCCCACCUGUAAAUUUGGAAUUAGUAAUGGACUGCUCCCUAAAUCAUACUUUGUUUUGCAUGCAGUUGAGAAUGGGUGUGUUUACACUUCAUCCAGAAUUGAAGGAGUGUCUGGUGCUGUGGGCUUAAACCAUGUGUGCAUUUUUUUUUUUAAGUUUUUAAAAUGGCUACCUUUGGGAGGUAAAGGAGGAGAGGCUCCCUUAACAAGUCAGUAGUCACAGGGGCAGUGUCACCUUGGAGUUCUGAUGCUUUCAGAACAAGUUAGCAGCUGGGAAAUUUACUGGAUUCUAGCUCUUGUUUAGAAGAAGGACCCAAAGAUUCUACGUGGAGCAAACACACUCCCCACAGGAAGCACUCACUGAAUGUCUUGUGUUUUUGGCAUUGGGAGCCGUAAGAAGUCACCUCAGAGUAAACUGACCCUAGACUAGCUGUCCCAGAUUCUAGGCUGCUGUUCUCUGUAUUCAGUAGAUAGUAAAUGAAGAGAGAGAGAGAGAGAGACAGUGUUGAACCUGGUUCCUAUGUUUAAGAUAUGCCUUCAGAGUGAAGGGGGUGCCAGCUGCAGACAGUUGUGUAUGUAUCCUCACUAAAAAACUGUGGACUGUAAUUUAUUUUAUUAAAUAUAUAGAAGAUAGUUUGGCUUUUGUGUUCAGGUAAGAAGUACUGAGGUAUUGAUACAUUUUGCAUUUUUUAAAAGAAUCCCCAGUGGAAGGAAGAAGGAGCUUUUUUAUGUUCAUAGAUAUGCAUAUUUUAAGAUCACGUGCCCUGGGAUUAGAAAGAUUCAGUGGUCGAGAGUGCUUACCGCUCUAGCAGAGGACCAAAGCCUGGAACUCAGCAAGCAGAUCAGGCAACUCACAAAAACCUGUCCCUCCAGCCCCAAGAGAUCAGUUUCCCUGUCUGGCCUCUGUGAGCACGCACACGCAUGCACACGCACACACAAACAUAAAAAAAAUCCUUAAAAACAAGUGUUCUUUGAGAGUUUAGGAGGCGUUUAGGAGAUGACGUUGGUCACAAGACACUGGUCUAGUGUCGAAGACCGUAUCCGUAGAGAAGGGGGUAUCUUCUGUGUUCCAAGGGCCAGGGGCGCUUUUAUGAACACCUAACUGCUUCCUCUGCCAAUAGGGUCCUUCUAGACUCUUGCCAGCAUUUCUGUUCCUGCUGAUGUCCCUCUGAUGGGUUCCCAGGGCCAGCUUCCCAGAGCACUUCACAAUUUCUAACUUCACUGACUUUCUGCCUUAUUUACUGAGGGACUUGGAAAGUAGCAAGGAAUUAUUUGUAUAGAGAUGUGUGGGGGAAGCCUAAAUAACAUCAAAUUUUUCCCCCAAAACAUAAAGGUUUAAUCAUAAACAGGGGAGUGAUAUUUACUUAAAUUUCUUACAAGCAUAGAAAAUUUUAUGUGUUUAUAUGGAGAGGUUAGUGGUCAGCAUAUAGUAUUUAUAUUUGGGCAAGAAGGGGUAAAUCAAAAUUUUAUUUAAACAUAGUUCCUUUAAAGAUUAAUAGUAUUUAUAUUCUGAAGAGAGUACAGUUUUGUUAUUUAUUUGCCCUUUUUUCUGUUGUUUCUCCUGUGUGAGGGAAUGGUGUGAGGUUUGGGUUUGGUUUUUUCUUUCUUGUUUAGAUCUUCAGAGUCACUAAAUUUGGGGAUAGAUUUAGUAAAAUAUAUUAACUUCAUUUUAACCAAAGCUUUCUGCAUAUGACCAGCCUCAGGUGCUAGCGCACUAAAGAGCAACUAAACCCAAUUCCAGUGUCCACGUGUAACGAAGGAGAGCUGGCUGAGAGUCUCUUAAGGGUGAGAAAGAGAAGGAGAGAGAGAGAGAGAGCGUGAUAUUGAACUUCAGAGAAAUUCAUUUUCCCAGGAAGGAUUCUGUAUGUACUUAUGUAAAACACAAACGCAAGAUACUCCAAUCUCAGUACUAUGCCAUGGUGACAUUGCUUUUACAGCACACCAGGAGAGAGCGGUGUGACUGCUUCCAGGUUUUCCUGAAAGAAAACCUGGAAGUUGGCUUUUAGAGCAAAGUCCUCUGACAUUGUAGGGAUGGAGCUGUAGCGCCAGACAUGCUGUGUGAAACUCAGAGGACAACUCACUAGGAUUUGUACCUAAGGUGAGAGUCACGGGGAGUCCAGAACAGGAUGUAAAACUUUGGCAUUUUUCUUUUCUUCCUGAUUGUGAGAACCAUUUGUGUAGUGUCACAAGAUGGUUGAUGGCACAGAAUCAUGAGGCUUAAUAGUUUAUGCCAUUAAAAUUGCCUGAACUUAAAGGCUCCCAGUCUCCUGGGGACUGAACCAUAUUGUCAGCUCAGCUGCAAGAGUGCCAUCAAGUAACUUUUUUCUACAGAAGGUAAAUGAGGCUUUUGUACAAAAUCUGAACGUUGUCACUGUGAUAUGCAAAUGAUCCAGGAACAUCGUGAGAAACUGGCCUUGGCCACACAGAAACCCAAAGUGCAGCUGAAAGCACUUUUUGGACAGACCAUAAAUUGCGCUAAGGCUGCGAGUUUGAGUUUGGUUUGGUUUGGUUUUAAAGCACUCAGUAUUCUAAUUUGUGUUAAAUCCAUAGAUUUUUUUUUUCCCCGAAGUCUUUAACAUCCUGAUUCACCCUUCCUAACUUAUGGAAAACAUGACUUAAGACACUGCUUCUAAGUUGGGUUGUUCUUUAGCCAGUGGAUACCAGAUCUCUGUGAGUGGAUGGGGGUGGGCUGAGGGUCAAGGGAGGCGAGAGCGUGUGUGCCUGUGUGCGUGUGGCUUCUGUGUGUAUGAAGUGUGUAUGUUAGACCGCUUCUAGGCUACUAAGUGUCAAUGGAAAAGAAAAUGUAUUCAAAAUACAUAAAUCAAAACUAGAAGAUGGAAAAAAAAAGAUUUAUUCUAUACAAAGCCUUGUCUGGACCACUCUAGAGAGACUUCUAUUUUUUUAACCCUUCUAUAAAUAUUUGAUGGCACUAGAAAUAUUCCUGCAAUAAAAUGUGAUUUGUGUAAAGAAAAAAAAAAGAUUUUGUAAUGUGAAACAAAGAAAGAAAGUAAUGUAAUUUUCUAAAAAAAAAAAUACAAACAAACAAACUUUGUAUUAUUUUCUUGAUGGAAUUUGCCUAUCUGUCUUUGGAAAACUUUUUAUUUCAUUGAAUGUGCCAUAGUAGAUGUAUGUGUUUUUUGUUUUAGACUAAGGGAUGGCUGUUUGUGUUCCGACAUUCCAAAAUGCAAAGCAACUUAGCAGAAGCCUUGAUGAGGAGGUUUCAGUAGGAUGCAAGCGUCUCUCCUGUUGCUUUUUUUGCACACGUCUUUUAAUUCUUACCUAGUGCAAUAUCUGUACAUAGAGCACUUGCGGGUGUACUUUGAUCCCUCAGGGAAAAACACAUAUUUGUACAGUUGUUGGGUUUGUUUUGGUUUUUUGUUUGUUUGGUUUUUUUUUUUUGAUUUAUUUUCCUUUUUUGUUUUUUGGCUAUGGAAUGUCGAUCGAAUCACUUGUUAUUGUUGAGAGGCAGCCAGAUAAUCAGCCUAAAGCCACUGUUUCAAACACGGAUUGUUUGAGUCAUGUCUUUCCAGUACUAUUAUUUUAAAAUAAUAAUAAUAUUAAUAAUAAUAAUAAAAAGCUAUUUUCUGACAGUUCUUUGUGCUGACUGGUGGAAAACAAAGGGGUAAUAAUAAUAUAAUACUCCGUACCUUAUGGCUGACUUACUGUGAGUGACAAUCCAUCUUGGUGUCAAGGACAGAGCCCUGUUAUCUGGAGUUGGGCUGAGAGUCAAACACUGUGCUCAGGGAACUUGUAAAACUCUUCAAACAGGGUGACCAGUGGACUGGGACAAAUGUGGUUUUACUAUUAAAAACAAUGAUAGUAAUGGUAUAUCCCUCCAAGGCACAAGUGAACUGUAGAGAAGUGUCAGUCUGUCUGUCUGUCUGUCUGUCUGUGUGAAUUCUUCACCAUCUCAUCUUGUUGAGUUCAAAAUUCCUGUGUUUGAAAACACGUUAACUCCUGAGGCAGUGUAAAUGGAAGGUGAAUUUGGAAGUGACAGCCCAAUCGGAGCACAGUGCAGCCCAUCUGCUGUUUCCCUAAUAAUUAAAAUGCUCCUGUGAAACACACCUUUAAACAACUUCAGAUUCUAUGUGUUAUGAAUUUAAUUUUUUUUUAACUAGCAGGAAGACCUAUCAAUGAAGUGGCCCACAACAGAGUCCUUCAGAGCUAGAAAACAAAGGGUUUGGUUUUCACUGUACUCCCCUCAAGGGACAAACCACACUCCCGCUAUGCAAAACAAUUCCUAUUCCGAAUUCCUAGCUUUUUUAGUGGGGGGUUUUAUUUGUUUUCCUGGAAGAGAGCUCUCAUUUAAAGACAAACUGAUCCCUGCAUGACAGACGAUAGCUUUCACUUAAAGGCGUGACAGCUCUGAACCGAAGUUGAGUUCACAUGGUCCCAUAUAACACUUUCCAUGAAGCCAGAGAUACCCACUGUAGCUAAUGGUUCCGAGUCUCCUGCCCCAUAACACACACUUGGCAAAACUACAUAGCUUCUUAUUACAGUAGGAGAACACAAGGUAUGGAAAAUUAUCAGGUGACAGUUGAUACCUCAUACCUUGUUGUGGAGGUGACAGAAAUCUCCCUUCUCCCCUUUCAUCCAUGCGGACAUGCACAUGUGAUAGACGUUUUUACAUACCAUCACAGGGCCACUGCUUACUCAUAAAGUUGUGAUUCAGAAUCCCACAACAACAGCCUUGAACUGUGGAUCAGAUAUGUGCCCAGAAAUGCAGUUGCAACAGUCAAAUAUCGGUUGAUUGUUGCUCUCUGUCAUACUGGUCUUCAUUCCAUUCCCUAAACACUAACACAUGAAAUGCUUCCACCAGCUUUGAUGAUAGGGACCUCCCCACUGCUGUUUAACUGAGAAGGCCAGCUAUCAAUGUCUUCAAAAGCGAUUGGCUGCACUUCUGACUGUGUGUGUGUGUGUGUGUGUGUGUGCACGCGCGUGCACGCACGCGCCUGUGUAUGCUUGUAUGUGAUCAAUUUGUCAUACUCUCAAAAUAUUUUUUUAAACAAACAGGAAGACUGGCUUCAUACCAGGAAGCCGCCAUGAAUGAGGGCAGAGUAUGCUCGACCACACCCUCAGAACUUAGAGCAAUAAACACUAUUCAGUCGCUUAUUUACUUGUAAAUGGGUGACAGAAUAUUUUGAUCCAAAUAGAAGCCACCUUUUCCCAGGGUCUAAUGUGGAGAGUGGAAAUGAAUGUUUGGAAGGAAUCCAUGUUCUCUGUUUACAUCCAGUGUGUUUUGCCUCAUUAGCUGUCCUAUGCUUUUUCUUUGGUCCUUCUAGAAGCUAAUGACAGACAGCUGGCUGUUAGUUUUAUGGGCUGUGCAUGUCAUUAUGUUGUUCCCCUAGAACAACAGGCUUCUCUCCAGUGUUCAUGUAUGAUCCUUUUCUCAUUCAUUAUGACUUGUGUGGAGGAGUAACUACUUCUAAGAAGAUGAUAAUCACUGAACACACUGCAUAUGUAAAUGCAGAUACUUCUUGAGCAAUAUAGUGACUAUGACUUCACAUACACACAUACAUACACAAUCUGUAUGUACUGUACACAUCUUCCUGAAUCCCCAAUUCUCUGCUUAAUCAUAAUGGUUUGAAAUCUCAUCUACAACAGUGGUGAAUGUUUUAGACAGUAGGACAUUAGCUGGCUGCUUCUUUAAAUGUACCUGUAUUGUCUGUGUGCUCCUUUUGUGGAGACAAGUUUUUGUAUUGGAUGUUUGGGCCAAUGGGAGGCUUCAAGCUACAACAUAUUUUCCCAGUUUCAAUAUAUUGAACUUAUGACAAACCCCAGACAAGGCUUUUAAUCUGUAAUGAACUGCAGUGUUGGGUGGUUUAUUUACAAACUGUUUUCAAUGUUGUCCAUUUUUAUGGCACCUUUAACAAUAUACUUGUUUCCAAAGUACAAAAAAAAAUAGGUUAAAUAAUCUAGCCAUAACUGAAUGUCAAGCAAUAAAACAAAUGACUUUUGUGCAUAGACUUUAAAAACUACAAAUUUUAGACAUCUGCAUGUAAAUGCAAUCUCUUGUUUACUGCUUUCUUCAACUCAAGCAACAGAUUCCUUAUUUACUAUUAACUUAAGAACUUGUAACGGCCUGUACACAUUUUCUCUCCUACUCUUCUUUCAAAUUUACCUUCACCCUGCUUUUGAGUCAUAAUAUUUAAUGUUGUUCUGCACACCUCUAUACAGUUAACUUUCUGGCUUUCAUUCUGUAUAGAUAAGAAGAUGUUAUAUUAUAAACAGCCUACUCAGUGCAAAUAUUUAUCUGUUUAUCAAAUCCACAAUAUGCUGUGUAAUACUGGUUUUACUAUAUAAUCUAUUUUAGACAUAGCUGUUUAGAACUAGAGUGUGCUAUUUUUGUGUUUUUCUGAUGUGUGGUGCUAGAUAAGUUACUUUUGUGAACAACAAAAAAAAUCCCUUUUAUUCCUAGACAAAACCACCUUUGGGUCUUGUUAAUUUCACUGAGUAUAACUAUAUAUUUGUAUAUAUAUACAUAUAUAUAUCUAUAUAUAUAUAUAUAUCUACCUGUACCCAACUGGCAACUGUAUCAGAGUGCUAGAUUUGGGACAUGCUUUUCUCUUUAAAUACAUAAUAUCAGUAUAUAAAUUAUUCUAGAGUGUAUUUAAUUAGGAUAAAAUUACUUCCUUAGUAUGGAUAUUUGACAUCUGUUGGGUAAGUUUGUUCAUAAGUAUAGAUAUGAAAAACUGUUACCACUUAUUUAAGUGUGUUGCUCAACUCCUCAUCACAUCUCCUGAGCUGAGAAAAAUUUGAUAGGCCUUGAUCCCAAAGCAACAAUUUUGUUUAGUGGAGAGAUCCUUUUUUCCCUUACUGAGAACUCUGUAAUUGGCCCCUGACUGGACUGGACAUUUAACUUCUAGGAUAGAUAAUAUGUAGAAUAUUCAUGGCAGAUUGAUAGGACCCUAGGCCAUUCACCUCAUCUGAGUCAUGAGAUGUAUAAGCAUAUACAUUGGGCUAUCCUGUAAAUUCACCAAGGGAUGAUAUUCUACUAUGACAACCAGUUCUGUGAACUGAGUGGAGGACUUUUGUUUUAAAACUUGUUUAAUAAUGAGCUAAGUAAACCCUCUGACAUCUUUCCCCAAGACCGAUUGGCAUUGUUAAAGUAUCAAAUAUCUAACUAAGGGUGUAAUUAGCCUUCUUAAAUAUUGAGUAGAAUUGUUCUGUAAUAUUACUGAAUUUGUAAGAUCUUUAGCAAAGAUUUUUGAGCAAUUUAUAAACGUAGAGCAAAUGUUUCUGUUUAUUGCACAUUUUGUAACUGAAGGUGAUAACUUCUCAAGUCACAGUCAGUGGAUCCCACGCAUCACAAUGCGUACUUACCCACCAUGCUGGACAUUUUCCAUUUUUAUUGCUAUUCCCUUGAUUAUCAAUGCAAUCAGGUGGUUAAUGAAAGCUGAUAACAAUCGACUUUUUAAAGUGAAUUUGUUAUAAUUUAGAGAGAAAUCUCUUUUAAUGCAAUCAUGCCAUUCCUUAACUGUCUAGCUCAAAGAGAGAUUGAAACAUUUUGUUUGUUUGAUGGACAGAUUGACUGGUUUUUGCACAGUUUAGUAUCCCAAGUUUCCCUAGGGCAGAGAUUUGUCUCUCUUCGAACUUGCACAUGGCCAGCAAAUGUCAAUACUUGAUAACUGUUUAAAAUGACAGGUGUGCCCACAACUAAAACACUCCCCAACCCAGGGGGUUUUGGCAAACUGACAAAGCAUGCAGAGUCUUACAGUUAACAAUUACAACCAAGUCUAAGAGUCACACUGUCCUUCCAGGGGACAUGAAAUGCUGAGUCUACUUGUGUGGGGGUCUCCAGGAUCAAGCACAUAAAUGUCACACAACUCUACAAGUGACAAGACUGGCCUGCUGUGAGUAGUCGUGAAAGUUUGAAAGCAGCAAUGCCGAACCUAUAAAUAAGCUGCUGUCUCUUUUGUGUACAGGAUGUAAAGCUUCUUUUUCUGUCACACUAGAAAUGCAAACCAUUUACUGGGAUUCCUAAAAUCCAUAGUGUGGACCUAAAACUUUGCUAAUGAUCUUUCCUAGAGGCUCAUCCCACUUUUCACUGAUAUUGGGUUUUCUUUUCAGUUCUCUCUACAGUGGUAGAUUGCUUAUUCCCAGCUGCUUAUUUUAUUGAGUCCUGAAUUUAAAGAAAAAAUAUUUUGAUUCAUUUUGUAAAUACAAGCUGUAAAAAAAAGAGAGAUUUAAUGUUGUCUUUUAAAUACUCCAAUUUUCAUUCUAAUAUGGAUGUUGUUAUAUUGUACUUAGAAACUGUACCUUUAACAUUACAGUACCUUUAUUCAAAGUGCAUUGAACACAUCAAUUUUAGAUGUGCUUUGUGUGCUAUUAUCCUAUAAUAAAACUCCAGCUUCUAAUGGAA